AUGCCGCCUGUCGGAGGACGGGCGCAGCCGGCGCUGGGUGUGCUGCCGCGCUGCGCUCUCCACGCUCGACAACGUCAUCGUGCGCACCGCCAACGAGCACCAGCACUGAGCCCACCGGCUCGCCCCGUGCCCAUGCCGCCUGUCGGAGGACGGGCGCAGCCGGCGCUGGGUGUGCUGCCGCGCUGCGCUCUCCACGCUCGACGACGUCAUCGUGCGCACCGCCAACGAGCACCAGCACUGAGCCCACCGGCUCGCCCCGUGCCCAUGCCGCCUGUCGGAGGACGGGCGCAGCCGGCGCUGGGUGUGCUGCCGCGCUGCGCUCUCCACGCUCGACGACGUCAUCGUGCGCACCGCCAACGAGCACCAGCACUGAGCCCACCGGCUCGCCCCGUGCCCAUGCCGCCUGUCGGAGGACGGGCGCCGGCGCUGCCCGGCGCUGGCGUGUGCUCGCGACGCAUCGCGCACCGUCAACGAGCACCAGCACUGCGCUCGCCCCGUCCACCGCUCGACGACGUCAUCGUGCGCACCGCCAACGAGCACCAGCACUGA